AUGCAAAGUCAAUAUAAGAUAAAAGUUUAUGAAGCAGAUCGUUGGAUCAUCAGCAACAAUUUUCUUUAUCUUCUUCUUACAACAAACAAACAACAACAUUACAAAUAUUUGAGCUUCUUUCUUACUUCACUUUACAUUGAAAAUUGUAGACCCAAAAAAAGUCAGGGUGAAUACACUAAAUUGCAUUUGCGACAAUUUGUUACUUUCUGCUGUAGAAUAAUUUUAAUGGACUUCAAGUCGAGACUUUACAUAAAGCAAUUAAGAGAAAUGAGAUAA